CCCAGCCCGCCUUUAACCCGGUGAGCACACAACUUUUCCACAAACCGAGGAGCCACUCGUUCCCCAGGAGCCGCGGCAGAUGCCCGCACCGCCAGCUCCGACCCGGGGCAUUCCCCUCUGGCCGGGCGGGGAGGGCGCGGGGGCGGGCGCCGAGGCGGCACCCGGCGAGGGAGGGGGAGGCUGGGCCACCGGGGAGGCGCCCGCCGGGGCGGCGGAGCCGGGACGUGAUGGGAGCGCCGGGAGGGAUGGACAGGCGGCGGUGAAGCGCCGCAGGGCAGAGGGCGCAGGAGGCGGCGGGGGAAGAAGGAGCCCCCGUCCUCCGAGGCGAUGCCCGCCACGAACGGGAGGCCGGGGCCGCCGGGAGACGGGCAGCGGCCGCGCUGCGGACACCGCGGGUCGGGAUGCGGGAUGCGGCGCGGAGAGGGCGGCGGGAGGAGGCAGGAGCCCGGAGGGGUCCGCAACAGCAGGAUUGAUCUGUCAUUCCGUUACACUGAUGGGCCUGAUCAAAACCCUGACACGGCUUGGCUGGCAAGUUGCGCCUCGUCUGUCAGCGCUGGAGGUUGUGUGCAGGGCUGCUGGCUGCACGAGGCAGCGCACACACAGCCAGCGCCUUCCGCUGCUGAACCUCACACCAGCAGGACAGACGAUGGCUGCCCAACAACAACUACAGAAGAAAGGGAGGAUGGGAAGAGAGAAGACAUUGGGAGGUAAGAGCCUGAAGAGGUAAAAUAACCAGGUGCAGCUCCAAGAACAAAGAAUGAAAAAAAUUUCAGUAAAUCACAGAAUUGACUGGGUUGGAAAAGACCUCAGAGAUCAUCCAGUCCAAGCCUUGGUCCAACUCCAGUCCAUUGACUAGAUCAUGGCACUAGGUGCCAUGUCCAAUCUCAGUUUAAAAACCUCCAUGGCCGGUGAGUCCAGCACCUCCCUGGGCAGCCAUUCCAAUGCCUGACCACUCUCUCUGCAAAUAAUUGCUUUCUCAUCUCCAGCCUAAAUUUCCCCUGGCAGAGUUGAAGCCCAUGGCCCCUUGUCCUAUUGCUGCCUGCCUGGGAGAAGAGACCAAUCCCCACCUGGCUAGAACUGCCCUUCAGGUGGUUCUAGAGAGUGCUGAGCUCAGCUCUAAGCCUCCACUUCUCCAGACUAAACAAGCCCAGCUCCCUCAGCCUCUCCCCAUAGGGCUUGUGUUCCAGUCCCCUCACCAGUCGUGUUGCUCUUCUCUGGACCCGCUCCAGCACUUCAAUCUCUUUCGUGAGCUGAGGGGCCCAGAACUGAACACAAUACUCCAGGUGUGGCCUCCCCAGUGCAGAGUACAGGGGAAGGAUCACUGCCCUUGGCCUGCUGACCACACUGUAUACCUGCAAGAAGUAGCUGUUUAACUUAUUUAAUCGUAUUUCUAAGGGCCCCCCCUUUAUUUGAAAAGCAGAUUUAACACUUGAGGUACCCACCUGAUUUUCUCCGCUGCACAAAUGAGUUAAUUUUGGGGGAGCCAUUGAAGACUCUUCCCAUUCCUCAUUCCAUUGUGGCUUAACUUCAGAGCCAAGCAUUCACUUUCAAGCAAGAUUUACCACAAAAUUCCAUUACAAUAGCAGGCUUGAGCCUACUCCAAAUAAAACAGAUUUUUAAUGGACUUCUAAGUGAGAGCUGAUGCAAGAGGGAUGGGUGGAUCCCAGAAGAGAUGAAAUGCCUGCAAAUACUAGGCAUACGCUACAAGGUGAGAGAAUUGCAUGUUUUAAAGGUUGUAAAAACAGUAGCACCGCCUAUGACUGGCAAGAGCCAUCAUCCCUGCCUCUGAGCUCGGGCUGUGGUUGUAGGGUUGUGGUUUCUAAGUGAGGUGCUAAGAGAAGCCAACUGGAUUAUUUCCUGGUUGCUCGCUUAGACUCUUCCCUGCUUAGCAUGUUGGGUCUUCUGAAUGAUAUUUUUUGUAACUUAACUAUUCCUCAUGCAUUCCAUCAAGAAUACAGUUUUCUAACUCAGUUUUGGCGUGCAUGAGGCUAACAGAACAGAAAGCUAAUCAUCACAGUACACCAAUCCACAGUUUUCUAACACUUAACGGCCUAUUUUAAUCUGUCUCAAUAGCCACACUGCACCCAGGCAACAUGACUACAGUAAUGCAACAACUAGAUUGAUUCCAGAACAAAGCCAGAAAAAACACUCAUACUUCAGAGCAAGUACAGAACUAAUGUACAUGUUUGUAGGGCCCAGAAGGUCUUGGUGGUGACUGGGGAAAAUAAACUGUGUUCCUUACCAACAGAUUUGAUUAAACUUAUCAAGACUGCUCUCAACCAUCAUCGUUACAAUGCAGUGAUAUGGGUGAACUGCUACUGCAGCAGUAGUAAAAUAUAUAAUACCUGCUGGUAUAACAUAAUGAAAUGAAUAAAGCCAUUCAGUGGCGAGGAUGUGCCCUUGCCAUAAAAUGGAUAACUUAAAAACUGACAGCAUUCUGUUACCUCUACUCUGAGCAAGAAGUCUCUUAAGUUCAGAUCAGCUCUUUAUGAAGGUGCCUUCCUUAACUGAAGCAGAACUAGCAUGUCUUGAGUCCAUGUGAAGGUGACAAUGACAGCAAAUAAACUAAAGGUAGCUGUGUUCACUUAACAGAAGUGAAAGGAAGAGUAGCACAAGCCUCAGGUUUCAGUAUAUACCACCUGAAGAAACUCCUAGAAGGCAGUUUCACAUACCCAUAAGCCAAACCUAAUAGCAACAGAAGCUAAAAUUUGGCUGCUAGUCCAAAUCAUAUUUGUUUCGCCAUUCUGAACACAGUGACGGAUUAGGAGUCCAUGCUUAUUUCAAAGUACUUUGCUCUAGAGAUUCCUGUUCUGUGUCUUUAUUUAAGAAGGCGAAUCAACAUCUUGCCCAUAAAGUAGCUUUCUUCAGCAACUGCUGACAUCAUCGUUUGGCAGAUGAAUCUUAAAAAGAAAAGGUAAAGCUGUGGUGAAAUAAAACAUCCAUUUCCCCUAAAAAAUAUUUUCUAGUGCAUAUGUAACAAAUAUCGCUAGUGAAGGAGAAUAUAAAAAAUUUAAAUCCCCAGGACUUCAAUGCUAAAGUACUUUUUUCAGUAGCUAAAAAAAGCAGAUUUAAGAGCUUUGGUAGGUGGUGUUUAUUGAUAAAUUGUAGUAAAUCUAGUGUAGAGGUAUCUGAGACUGACUUGCUGGAAAUAAUGUCACCCCCACAGUAAACAACAUGAAAAUUAUGUGGCUAAUAGUUCUGUUAUUUGUUGCUCCUCAGCUUCUUUGCGAGCCCUUUGAAGUACGGAGACAGCAGUAAAAGGCAUCGCUCUGAGUUGAGUCAUUUAAGCCAAUUGUGGCAUAACUGGAGGAACAGUAGGGCCUGAUUCACUACUGUGCUCAUUCCCCUAACUCCAGCUUAACACUGGAGUAACACUGUGGUAAAAGACAACCCAUAUUUUUAUUUAAAUUAAAAAUCUGUAAUAUUCAAAUAUUUAUAAGAAUAUAUAACAAAUAAUUGUGGCAAACAUUGCAUAAUAAACAUGUAAGGGAAAUUAACCUUGUAAAUUUUUAAGCUGAAGAAUAAGGACCAUUACAUUAAUAAGACUUAAUUAUAUCAUUAAAUAUUUAAAAUUAUGUUCUCUAAUAAAUGUUUUUAUUUAACAUAUUUCUUUUUUAUCUAUUACUUUAGUAAAAUGCCUUUAAGAUACGAACCAAAACCCAGCAGAGCUCUUCUUUGUUUGAUAGCCAUGCAAUUACAGAAAGAGUGAGAAGGGAGCCACAUGUUACCUCCUCAACUCAAGGUCAGGAGCUGUAUUUCCACAAGCCUCAACUUCUUGCCUGGAUGGGCUGCUGAGGGGCUGCGUCUUUACUACACAUUUUUCUUCUAUUAUCCUUUUAUUUUUCCAAGACUAGCUUGGCUCUAUCAGUGCUAAUGAACUAAGUUAAGCUAGCACAAAUUAAGCUUGUCGCCAUAUGUGUUUCUAGCAUUGCAUUUAACAUAUAACCCUAUUAAAAAGGGUAUAGAGGGCAGUAUGUUCAAAGAUCAGCUUCUACCCUGCACUGAUGAGUCCUCCCCUUGUUAUCGCUGACAGAACACAGGUGUAAAAGCAACUGUUAGAAAUUAUCAGGAGAUCUUCAGGGAAGUCGUCACCUUGCAAACAGGAGAAAGGGUCUGUUUGCUUGCAAAGGACUGGAGGGUACAAUGACCUAACUCCUGUGUCAGUGUCACAAAUGCUUUGCCUUAGAUUAAUUUGUAUCAGCUUAUACUUUCUAGACUUCUACUAUUAUUUUACAAAGAGAAAUCCAAUGAAAAGUCACAGCAAAAACCUUUGAAUCAAACUAAAUGCUGGGCAACAGUUCAACCCACAACAAGGUUAUAGUCCGACCAAGAACAAAACUUCUCCAGCACCUCUCCAAAACUUUUAAUGUCUCCCUAUAAUUAUGGUACUUUGAAGUAAUAUUUGUGUUUGUUCUUGCCUGGGCUGUAGACAAAAGCCCCAGACCCAGUUAGCCUGCAUGGCUCAGCCUUCCACUGGAAUACUCUGCAUCACAUGUACUUGCAGAAACACCGAUUAAAAUCAAAUGGCAAACACUAUCAAAUCAAAUCUAACUCAUCAGCAUUUCAGAUUUAUCAGAAGCUACAAUUUAAUGAUGCUUUAGUGGAAAUUCUCUUCAUGUACAAGCACACAAUACAAAGCCUUAUAUGUUUAGCUAUUGUGCUUUUUCCAGUUAAGUCAUUCCUUCAGUUUACCACAGUAAUACUUUUUCUGAUUUAAUUCCUGCAAAUUCUCAUUUAUUUUUGUAAUAUACUUUUUACUUGUCUCCUAUAGACUGUGUGUUCUCUCGCUAUGAUUGUCUUACAACUAUCCCUCACCAUUUCCCACUCGUCUAUCCGUCAUCGCCCAUACUGUAAUUACAGAAAUGUUAUUUGCCUUCAGACAGCUGCACAGGGUUGCUGGCAGCAGCGCUACCAUUACACAGUGCAAAUACUGUGCAGAAUAUUAAAGAAUAGUAUGAAUCAAAUCUUAGUGAAAGAGUAUUCUUGAGAGUUAUCGAAAAGAUUGAACUAAGUCUGGUUUGCUUGUUUAUACAUUGGACAACUCAUCUAAAACUAGGUAAUGUUUAUUUAUUUGGCAGCUAAGAACGCGUUGGAGAUAGUCUUCUAAUUAAUAUGCAUGAUGCUGAAAACAUAAACAGGGAUAACCACAUAUUCCAUUAAGUAUAGCUGCCAGUCACAUUGCUACAGUAUUCUUCUCAGUGCACAAAUAAAACAACGCUACAAAGAAAACAAGCACUGAGCUUUCAGUUCAGCACCUGCCUAAUAAACAACCUCCUGGAAAUAAGGUAUGACAUUAUUUGGAAUAGUUACUGAAAAAAAACCAAGUUUGCCAGCAGCGUCUGUCCUACCACUUCAUUUCACUAAGGCUCAAGAGGCAGCAGAAAUAACAAUAGUUGAAACUCACUUGUUAUGUUUUACUUUACUUCGAAGUUUCCACAAAUGAGGGAUCUGUUUUCAACUGACAAGGCUCAGAAGAGCAAAAAGUGAUACUGUGCUUACAAAUAAAAAGCUUAAUCUGUAGAACAUAUACAGAAUGAAAUAUAUAACAUGGGUCAAAUAUAUCACCAUUGAAACACAAGGUAAAGCAGUAGGCAUGUAUAUCAAGCAGCACAAUUAAGUGAAUGUCAAAAACUCCCUGAAAACUGCUUAUCAGCUGUGUCACCACUAAAAUUUCACUGGGGUGCACGUCUCAGUGAUAUCCAGUAGCACAUAUAGUCUAAAAGGGUCCGCUGCCAUAUCUUCCUUCUAUGUUGGUUAGGUUGACAAAGAAAAUGUGAAGAUGCUGCCAGCAGAGACAGGAAUGCUAGAACCACCAAACCAAAGAUGCUUUCCCAUGGUAAUUCUGCUUUUCCUUCUCACUUCAGCGUAAGCUGAUGCUUCUCAGCAAUGUGGCCCAAAUGCUCUUCCCUCCCAAGUGCUGGCCCCCUCACCAGUACACGUGUGUGCAUACAGGGGUAAACGUGCACACGAGCUUAUGCCAUAGACAUUCAUGAACGCUCAGUACAUUGCAAGAUCUCCUCUGAAAAGCCAGUGCCUGCUGUCAUUGAGACUAAGACAGGAUUUAUCAUUUGCUUUAUAGUUCAAGCCCAGAUGUGUUUGGAAGCCUGUAUGGUUUUCACCAAAGCUCUGUUAAAGUGUCUUCAGACAGACUUUUAGUCUCCACACCACAGUUCACUGAACACCCUUACCCUGAGUUGCCUCAUGUAUAAUUUAAAUAUCUAAUGCAAAGUAAACCUAAUGUUAACAAUACGUAUUUUUGAAGACUGACAGUAUAAUGCUUUACUUCCUAAAGGAAUAACUGGAGUGAUCCAUAGGCAAAUAUCAACUCCAGUAACACUAUCUAACCAGAUAUAAAUUGUGCUCAUCCCUGAGAAAUCUUAGAGUGCAUGCUUCCCUUCCUCCUUUUCAACUAGGCAAAGUGUGAUUUACUGUGUGGUUUUCUUUCGGAUAGAGUAUUAAAAGCUGCAAUGCACUCUACUCUAUAUUGGUAUUAACGAUACCUUUGAAACUGUGAUGUCUUUGAUGUGUAUUGUGUGCUGCUGACUGAUGGCUCUUUCCAGCCUAGAAAGGUGCUUUGUCUUAGCAGGUUUGUGUGGACUGACAGCACAGGCCACAGCAAUAUUUUGAAGUUGAGGGUUUUAAACUAAUAUGAAGUAUUUUAUCAUUAAAAUUGAGAUAGUAAUACCAUCUAAAGUCACCGUAACCUUUUUUGUACAUGCAGGAAAUUAUUAGAUAUUAUCCUAUCUUGCUUCUGGAUAUUCUUUAUUGCUAUUCAUUCUCAGAGUCCAUAGAUGAGAACUCAUAAGCAAGAGCAGGGACAGCAGAACCAUCCUCUUUGUGCACAUUCUCUUGUGUACUGGCUUGCAAGGGCCCCCAAAUUCUUUUAUAAAUGCUCAGAAGCAGCAAUUCCAGUAAUUGUGUGACUAAUAUCUUCAUUAUCAGGAAGCAGGGGAAUUAUUUAUCAAAUGAAAAAAUAAUAACUUAGGAGAUGAACUUGUUGCACAACAUUUUAACCUGUGUAAUAAUAACCUGCUGUCUAUAGUAAACAUAUACUAAAUAAUAAACAACUUGCAAACUGAUUUUGCAUUUUCUUGUCUAUUUCUUUUACCACACUAAUAAUACUUAAAAUAAUUGUCCAGGAGACUCACGUUCUACUACAAGAUUUUAAUUACAAUGUUUGAAGUGUGAGCAGUGGUUAAGAGCACAAAAGGUUGGAGACAGAAGAAAACAUUUGACCGGGGUAAGAAAUCAGGUGGUUAUUAAGAACUGAAAGCAGAGAACAAUUCCAUUAGUGACUGGUGCAAUGUCUAGUAGAGAGCAGUCUACUCUGCAGAACCAUUUCUGCACUAGUAUUGCACAUCAAGCAUCUUGGCAGCCUGGGAGAGGAGGACUCUGGAC